UUAAACCUGCUUCUUUCUCCCUUACAGCCAUGACCAUGCAGUUCAUCAGUCAUCGUUUCCCAGAAGACCACGAUCCCACCAUUGAGGAUGCUUACAAAAUGCGGAUCCGGAUUGACGACGAACCUGCUAAUCUGGAUAUAUUGGACACUGCAGGCCAGGCCGAAUUCACUGCUAUGAGAGACCAAUACAUGCGAGCCGGCGAGGGGUUUAUUAUCUGUUACUCCAUCACGGACCGCCGAAGUUUUCAUGAAGUCCGGGAAUUUAAACAGCUCAUCUACCGUGUCCGGCGUACAGAUGAGACUCCGGUUGUUUUGGUCGGCAACAAGUCUGACCUGACUCAACUCAGGCAGGUCUCCAAGGACGAAGGCUCGGCGCUGGCCCAGGAAUUUGGCUGCCCCUUCUUCGAGACCUCCGCCGCCUUCCGCUACUACAUCGACGACGUCUUCCACACCCUGGUCCGCGAAAUCCGACGGAAGGAGAAGGAGAUCGUCAUGGCGCUGGAGAAGAAGUCCAAGCCGCGCCCGAGCAUUUGGAAAGUCUUGAAAUCCCCUUUCUGCAAGAAGAAAAACUCCGUCACCUGAAAACAACCCCCCCCCCUCCCCUCAUCCCCCCCCCCCCCCCCCCCCAAGGCCCCCCACCCUAAAACCCGGUUUUAAAAUUUUCGCGGGGGGGGGGGGCGUAAGGGGGUGCCGACGGGCCUCGUCGCAGCGAGGAACAACCGCGCAGCCUCUUUUAACUCUUCUUUUUUUAAUUUUUUUUUUGCUGUGGCGUCUUGUUUCUCGUGCCGCCUCUUUGGUGACAGCCGCUUCCCUCUUUCCUGCCCUCAUGUGGGAGCACCCAGAAAAUGGAGCUAGGGAUUCCAUGGCAAAGUAAGAACGUCCCUGUGGUUUGCGCCACUUUUGAACAGGAGAAGGGAGCGGGAAGGGAACCUCGGAGGUCUUCUAGUCCAACCCCCUUGCUCAAGCAGGAAACAGGGAGUUAGUUACAGCUGCAAGGCCCCACAGCCAUCCUGGGGGAGUUGUUUAUUCGUCUUGCAGAAAAGUUGCAUGGGAUUUAAGGCGGGGGAGGAUGUUCAGAAGUCGCAGUCGCGGAUCCAAGUUGGAAUGGGAACCAUAAAAAUGUCACAGGAUUGGGAUGAUUCACGUCGGAUUCCAUCACUUUGGAGAAAGAGAGAGAGAGAGAGAAAUGGUAGGAAGGGAUGCGGAGAGGCAGUUAAGGGGACGUGAUUAAUUGGAGGUGUAAAGUUGUAGCAUGGUACAGAGCAAGUGGUAAACUGAAUUUUGGGAGGUGAGUUUGUAAGCCUCCGUUGGCAGAGAAGAGUGGUAAGGCGUUGACUCCUCUUGUGCGAAGACCGGGGUCAAAUUUGUAGCGUUAACUCAACAAGGCGUGAGUUGGUUUGCAGUCUUGAGAAAGAUUUUGCCUGCACUGAGCCAAAGGGGCCAAUCUGCUUUUCUCAAUUAAAGAAUUUGGGUCAGGUUUUUUUUUCCAUCCUGGAGUGCCUUGUGGAUGGAUCCCCCCACCCCCCAAAAUGGAGUCCACAGGAAUGAAUAGGGAGGUUUGGCUAGAGAGGCUGGCAGGUGGAAUGAGAGAGGCUCACCUGGAAUUGGAAGAGUCUGAGUAAGGCCCUUAGUUGAAGGUAAGAGGUGUGUGUGUGUCUCAGAGGUCUUGAAAUCCCCUCCCCCCCCAAAGUCAGUCUCUUAAAUUUUGUGAACCUUGACAAAAGAACCUGCUUUAAAUGGAAUUAACUCUUUAAAAAAAAGGGGGUUUUUCCAGGCUGCGUGUCGGGUCUGGGUCCUUCCUUCCUGUUUUAGUAGCCAUGUGACGUUUCUGGGGCCAUUUUUUUACAAAGUGUUUGUAAUUGUUCUGUGUGGUUUACAGGGAGUCAGGAAACGGAAGGCCUUGCCUAGUGUCCCUAUUUAAAGAAGGAGAGAAAAUCAUGGAAACUGGGUUUUUAUUUUAUUUUAUUACUUUCCUGAGAGACUGAAUGAGCCUUAGAUAUUUCUCCUAAGUAAAUUUUUAAUGACGUUGGAUUUUCAAAUGUUACCGGUUAUAGUGUUUGAUAUACAUAUGUAUUUAUAGACUCUGAGGAACUUGGUAGUUGGAGAAGAGGAAUAUUGCAUUCCAUUUAGCAAGAGCUAUUUUUGAAUGUAUUUUAUUGACUGUAGCAAUAUACGGUAUAUUUAAAAUUAGUAAAUUAAUGUUACGAACAAUGCUGGAUACUUUCCAUAGCUAUUAAUUUAGAAGCAGAUUAAACCUAAUUUUAAUGUUUAUAUGAUCACAUAACAGUAUAAUGUGGUAGAUACAUCAGGUUUUUUUUUGUUUUUUUUAAAAAAAGAGAUUACAGUAGUUCAGGGUAAAUAACAUUGCUAACUUCUGUGGCCGAAGGUGUCACAAUUUCAGUUCUGUGUUGUUUUUACUUUUCAAGUUCUCAUUCCAG